UUAAAGUUAAAAAGAACCUAUAGUGGUAACUAAUAAUUCGCAGCUCCAAAAAUAAUUUUCAAUUCAAACUAAAAUGAAAGUUAUUCUGUUAUUUUGUUUGGUGCUUUGUGUGGCAAUUACAAUGGCUAUGCCCUCAAAGAUCUCAACUACUUACAAUGAUAAUUAUCCUGUCUUAAAAGAUGAACUGUGCAACGACUACGACUUUCGAACAGACAACUACAAUUUAUUUGGGCAAUUAGUUUAUCUACUCUUGACAUUACCGAACGAAGAAAAUUACUUACAAAACCACUGUAGUAAAUAUUUGAACAUUUCAAAAAAAGCCUUAGCUGCACUUCUUCGUCUUAAAAAUAUAGAUAAUACGAACUAUGAGAAAUUCGACUCGCACCCAAAGAGAACUUUAGACAGUAUUGGAGGUGGUCAUUUAAUAAAAAGAAGCGACAUUUUACUAUAAAAGCUGCGAUUUACAAUAUUUUUAAUUUGUUUUUAUAUUUUGAAAAUGUUGAGACCAAAAAUUGCUUUAUAAAAGAUGUGUUAGUAAGUGCAUGUACUUAUUAAAAUGUAUCAAUUUUUUAUCUUUAACAAGCUGACUUCAAAAACUUCAAUCCGGACAAUAUUUAUAUAAGGUAACUUAGUGAAAUUAAUUUUAAAGAAGAAAAUUAAAUGGCAUAAUGUUUCUAUAUAUAUGUGUUUAUCUUCAAUGUAUGUAUAGAUAUCUAAUAUUUUAAGAUGUUUUGAUGGCAUAAAUUAUGUAAUAAAAUACGACUGUUAUUCGGAA